AUGGCCAGAAGUUUUGUUGAUUCUAACUUGGAUAUGAACAUGCUCACCAUGAAUAUCCGGGAGAGGCAAUCCUAUAACAAUUCUACACCCGAGUAUUUUGAAGCAGUCAAAUACAACAUUGAAGAUACGCGUGGGAAACCAGAAGAGUUACUGGCGACUCGCAACAAGUGCACGGGUGAGAAUAACCGCACAUCCAAUCCAACCACACCCAGCCAUCCGGUAGUACCCGAAGCGCGUGUGAGCCCCCCAGUGCCACGGGUCGCCACACCUUCGAUUGAUGUGCAAGAAUAUCACAUCUUCUUGGACGAAUAUCACACGUUUGAACGAGAAGCGCGAAAUACGGGUGGAUUUGUGUCGGAUGUUUUUAAACUUUACACCGACACGUUUGCGGACGAUACUUGCGUCUAUGGUAUUCAUGAUGAAAAAUGUAUCCAACGCCAAUCAAGCGAGUACCACAAUACGAUCAAAUUCAACAUUGAGGCGACGCGCGGACGUCCGGAAGUAUUGUUGGAGACUCGUGAUAUGUGCACGGAAUCGUGCCUCGACGUUCUCGACGGGAAACCCAAACCAAUUAUUAAGUACCAGCUUACGGAUCGAUAUUCGGUAAUAGCACAAAACCCGCAGUGGGAAACGGUCUACUGUCCGUUUGUUGAAAGUUACAACCGUAUUAUAAAUACAUCGAGUGAUUGUAUUGCAGAUAUUGUACGACUCUACCAGCAAGCCUUCCCAGAUGACUCGUGCUAUUACGACGUACUUUGCAAUGUUUGUACGUCAACAAAUAUCGACCACUUGGAGGACAAUGUCAAAGUUACCAUGGGCCGCCCGUUUGACUUACUCGAGUACCGCCUUCUCUGCGAAGAUGACUGUCGUCUCGGCAAAGAAUGGUCAAUGGAGAUGGUGCGACACACACUUCACAAUGGUGAUACAUUAUGUAUGCCAAGGUACUCGGUGGAAGACGAUGCGACUGUAUUCGACAAUCCGUCGUUUUACAAGAGGGUGCCUUUUAUGAAAACGUCAGGUAGACACAUUAAAAAUCUGUUCCGUGAUUUUCCCAGUGUAUGCACAAUCAUCACGCACCAUAUAAAGUCAACUGAUAGAACAGUUGAAGCAUUGCGUAUCCCGUCAGUUAUUGAACAACUGGAUGCGGCUAAUUGUACGACUCGUUUUGCCCUAAUCACGCUUAGUGUGGUCGGUGAGAGUGGUGCGGCACACGCGAUGGUUUUGGUUGUAGACUUUGAAUCGAAGACAUUCGAAACGAUCGAUCCCAUUGGACAAGAUAUAAAUGAUUUUAUCCUUACUCUUGAUCGGUUUGGGUACAAACUCUGUCUGGAAUAUGUUGCUCACCAAGGAACGUACUAUCAUUUUGUUAUUUGUGGAUUCUUGGACUACUUCUUGCUCGACUCAGUAAUCCCACAAUGGGCACGGGCACAGUUUACACGUACUUGA